UGCUAUAAAAUGCAAUAGUGUGGUUGUAUUUCAACUUAGGAUGAAAAUGAAAGUCUCUCAUCUAACUUAAGUUGGUAUGAUUUAUAUUAAUACCUGUAUAAGUGAUUUGGAGGAAUGCGAAAAUAAAAUAGAAAUUAAAAAUAAGAGCAAAAAUAAAAUCUCCUAUUUUUUUAAAGUGAAGACUGAAGUAUUAAAAAAAAUAAUAAUAGUUUAUAUCUGUAAAUAUUGGGCAAUAGGAUAUUGUCAAUAUGGAUAAUAGGUAAAAAUUACAUUCUAUAUUAGUGUGCAUUUGCUCACGGAAAACAUGAAAUGAGAUAAAAAACACAUGUGCCUCAUAAUUACAAAACUCAAGUUUGUAAAAAUUAUACAAAAUUUGGGUAUAGAUUUAUAUAAAAUAUUAGAUAUUGCUGUUAUGGAGAAAGAUGCUAAUUUAAACAUCCUGAAAAAAAAGGAAAUAAGCUUCCUUGUCUUAUUUACUAAAAUCUUCUAAGUAGUAUAGGGGACAACUUUUUUAAUCAAAAGUAUUAGGAUUCUUAUAAUUCCUAGGCUGAUUAAAAAUAAAAAAAGAAGUAAAGGUUUGCCGUAUAAAAUUUGA